UGAAGACCUUUCUAAUCUGGAUUUAUUAAUGUCUUUCUUGAGUUCUCGGAAAUAGAGGAAGACAAGGACAAUAUCUGUUGCAUGCGCAUGUGUGUGUGUGUUUGUGUCUGUCUGUCUGGAUUCAGCUUGAGCAUGUCUGUUAAAGUUUAAGUGUCACAGUUUUCAUUUCAUUAUGGACAUGUUGUAAUAGUCUGUAUGUGAUUGUUGUUGUUGUUUUUUUUCUACAUGAGUUUCCUUUGUGUCUGUGCAUGUGACUGGACAGAACUGUCCUAUUGUACAAACCUGGUUUUCCAGUUAAGUGUGGACUGGCUGUUUGGUUUUUGUAAUGGUUACUUGUUGUCAUAGUGUGAAAAGACACUGUACAAUAGCAAAAAAGUGAGGGGGUUACGGGGAGAGAGAGAGAGAGAGAUAGAAAUGUAAGCUGUUAGCUUAUGACUUGCUUAAACAGUGUUGUGAGUGAGGUUUUCCAGGUUAGCUUUUAGUUAGCGAGAUUCAGAGAACUCCAGGCUGUUUUGUUCCGCUUGAGGGCUGUGUCAUACAGCUGCAUCCCAGUCACAUGCUGUUGGAUAUCCUGUGCCAGGACUGAAAGGGUUAGUGCAUUGACCUAUGCACGUAAGACAUGUCUUUAUGUGACCGUCGAGGCACUACGCCGAUAGACACAUUUAGGGAUCAUAUUCUGACUAUUUACUUUUUAGCCAAUAUCAAAGUUUGUCAUUUGCAUUUUGUGGCAGGCUACAUUUAGAUUGUCCUGCAGUUCUGCGUGUUUGAGGUAUUGAUCUAGACUGUGGGAAGUCUCUGUCUGUAAUUGUGUGUGUGUGUGUGUGUGUGCCCAGAAGCUCUGCCUUAUGCAGUCCAGCGGUCUAAACGAGCUACCCCAGGAAGCUCAUGACGGCAAGGUUGAAGGUGAGCACCAGAGCACAGAGUCAGGGCCUUAUGCAGACAGGCCGUGCAGUCAGGCCCCAUACACUUCAGAUCGAUACAUUGACAGUAGCUGUGGCCCACCUGGCCCUCGGGGGCCUUGUGUGGCCCCCCCAAGUCCAGCCAGCCUAGCCUGGGCCCAGCGUACUCGGAACCAGCCCGCUAGCUUAGCAUUGCGCAAGCAAGAGGAAGAGGAAAACAAGAAAUGCAAAGCCCUAUCUGACAGCUAUGAGCUCUCCACUGAUCUACAAGACAAAAAGGUGGAGAUGCUGGAGAGGAAGUAUGGCGGCUACUUCCUAAGCAGACGCGCUGCACGCACAAUCCAAACGGCUUUUCGCCAGUAUCGCAUGAAUAAGAACUUUGAGCGCCUGCGCAGCUCAGCAUCUGAGAGCCGCAUGACACGCCGUAUCAUCCUGUCUAACAUGCGGAUGCAGUGCUCGUUUGACGACAGACAGCCCCAGGUACAGACACCCACACAAACGCACUAUAGCCACAGCCCCGGUAUGGCCCCUCCACACAGUUCAGCCUGCCCCACAGAGCUAGAGCCGAGCUCUCCUGCACGGCCCGGAGACUACACUCACCUGGAGGAUUCGUUCUCCAAGCAGGUGAAGUCCCUGGCUGAUUCUAUAGACGAUGCCCUUUCUUGUCGCCCGAGCCGGGAUGACUCCCAGGACGGCAUUGGGGAAGGGGUAGUUGACGACUUUGGUGAAUGUAUCUGGAGCAAUAGCAGUAACCCCUCCCUUCGUAGGGCCCUUGGCAACCGGGAGCGAGGUGGCGGCGGAGGGGGCUUAAGCAUGCACGAAGACAGCACAGCCACCUCUUACAGUGACGUCACUCUUUAUAUGGACGAUGGCCUUCCCUCCUCACCCCUCUCCUUGGACAGAGCCCCCAGCAGCACGGACACAGAGUUCUGGGGAGCAGGAGGAAGUGGCGUGGGGGGGAGGGAAGACAGCCGCGACACAGAGGGCGGCGGCAGCAGCAACAGUCGACGCAGUACCCCUUGUACAGAGUGCCGAGACUAUAGGUUAAGGGGAUCCCAUCUCCCUCUGCUGACCAUCGAGCCCCCCAGCGACAGCUCGGUGGAUAUGAGCGACCGCUCGGACCGCGGCUCCCUCACUCGACAGAUGGUGUAUGAGCAGGAGCCUGGAGGAGGCUCGCCGCAGGGAACCCUUAAACACAACGCCGGCGCCAGGUCCACGUCCUCUACGGUCGCACAGGGUCAGACGCGCCCAGGCAGCCACCCGCUUCCUACCCACAUCCCACACCACAUGGCACACCACCAUCACCACCACCACCAUCACCACCAUCAUCACCAGUAUCCCGACACGCCCUCGUCCUCCUCCUCCCCGCAGCAGCCGCCCACCACGCCUCUCUCGUCAUCGUCCUCAGCGCCGCUGCCACCUGGUGGCCUUGAGCAGCCCUGUUGCUCGGACGGAGACAACGACUCGCUCAACUCCACCACCAACUCCAACGAAACCAUCAACUGCAGCUCUGGCUCCUCGUCGAGGGACAGCCUGCGUGAACCGCUGCCCCCGCUGGGCAAGCAGACCUACCAGAGAGAGAGCCGUCACAGCUGGGACUCACCGGCCUUCAACAACGACAUCGUGCAGAGGAGGCAGUAUCGCAUCGGCCUCAACCUUUUCAACAAGAAACCAGAGAAGGGCAUUCAGUAUCUGAUUGAGAGGGGCUUUGUGUCAGACACCCCCGUGGGCGUCGCCCGUUUCAUCCUCGAGAGGAAGGGCCUGAGCCGACAGAUGAUUGGAGAGUUCCUGGGCAACAGGCAGAAGCAAUUCAACAAGGAUGUAUUGGAUUGUGUCGUUGAUGAGAUGGAUUUCUCAGGAAUGGAUCUGGAUGAUGCACUAAGAAAAUUUCAAGCCCAGAUCAGAGUACAAGGAGAGGCCCAGAAAGUGGAGAGACUAAUUGAGGCUUUCAGUCAGAGGUACUGUGUGUGUAACCCAGCUCUAGUGCGACAGUUCCAGAACCCUGACACCAUCUUCAUCCUAGCCUUUGCCAUCAUCCUCCUCAACACUGACAUGUACAGUCCCAGCGUCAAAGCAGAGAGAAAAAUGAAACUAGAUGAUUUCAUCAAAAAUUUGCGAGGAGUGGAUAAUGGUCAGGACAUUCCUCGAGACCUGCUGGUUGGCAUCUAUCAGCGGAUUCAGAAGUGGGAACUGAGGACCAACGAUGAUCAUGUCUCACAAGUGCAGGCUGUGGAGAGAGUUAUAGUGGGCAAAAAGCCUGUGCUCUCUCUGCCGCACCGCAGGCUGGUCUGUUGUUGUCAGCUCUAUGAGGUGCCUGACCCAAAUCGACCCCAGAGAACCGGUGUUCAUCAGCGGGAGGUCUUCCUCUUUAACGACCUGCUAGUGGUAACAAAGAUAUUUCAGAAGAAGAAAACAUCUGUGACAUACAGUUUCAGACAGUCUUUUCCUCUUAUUGAGAUGCAGGUUCACAUGUUUCAGAACUCCUACUACCCCCACGGUGUCCGACUGACAUCUGCGAUUCCAGGAGGAGAAAGGAAGGUUUUGAUAGUGUUUAAUGCGCCCAGUCAGCAGGAUCGAACGCGUUUUGUCAGUGACCUGAGAGAGAGCAUCGCUGAAGUGCAAGAAAUGGAGAAGUACAGAGUGGAAUCUGAGCUGGAGAAGCAGAAAGGAGUGAUGCGUCCAAGUCUGCUGAGUGGCAGUGUAGUUGUAGGUGGAGUGAGUAGUGUUGGAGGGGUGAAGAGUGAGAUGGUGAAUGGCACCAUUGGACGGCCCAGCCUUGAUGAUAACUACUCGCCCGGAGAAGGGCUCAAACGCACAGCACUGAGUUCAUCUCUCAGAGACCUGUCUGAUUCAGGUAACGCACACAGAUACACUGUAGAGCAAUAUACAUGCAAACUCGAGGUGCAUUCUCAUUUUUAUAGCACACUGACAUCUCUUUCUAAUGGUGGUGACUUUCUUAAGCAAACGUUUGCCAAGGGUUUUGUUGUAUUGAUAAGAGCCAAACUUGAGCUAAAUGCAAACUCUAUGUCAACAUGGUCUUGAGUUGACAUAUCCUGGUUGGAUGCAGGGAAACGUGGUCGCAGAAACAGCGUUGGUUCCCUUGACAGUACAAUGGAAGUAAGUCUGAGUGGGACAGAGGUCUGUAUCUCUUAGCUAGCUUUGAAAAACACGGAACUGAAAUGAUGCGCAUGUGUGUCUGGAGCACAGCAGAACUUGGCAUCAUCCCGCAUGUGUCCCGACAUUGUGCAGAGCAUGGAGAGAUCCUUCCUUCUUUUGUGCCCGCCUACCUCAGUUCCAAUGCAUGCUCUCUAACUGAAAAUAGAACGACCUUUGACCUUUUGUGUGCGCUUUCCCAGUGUUUGUGUUUGGACAUCAGUUCUGUGUGGCAACUGGAAUGAUGAUUCAC